AUGGUGGUUCUUGCCAAGGGCGAGCUGGAGCAGAUCGCGCUCCCGGCCGUGCACAAGACGGCGCCGCCGCUGGCCGACGUGCCGGAGGUCGACCUUGCCGUGGCGGGUAGCGGCUCUGAUGGACGGGCGGCCGCCGCACGCGCGGUGGCGCUGGCGUGCGAGGAGCACGGGUUCUUCAAGGUGACGGGCCACGGCGUGCCGGCAGAGCUCCUGACGCGCGUCGAGAACGCCGCUGCCGCCUUCUUCGCGCUCUCGCAGCGGGACAAGGAGGCGGCGAUGUCGGCCGCGACGCCGGGCAGUCCGUUCGGCUACGCAAGCAAGCGGAUAGGCAACAACGGCGACCUCGGGUGGGUCGAGUAUCUCCUGCUCGGUGUCUCCGCCGCGACCAGCGGGCCACUGUCCGUGCCCGAAGGGGUGGUGCCGUCAGCGUCGCUCUGCUCUUUCCGCUGGCGGGCUGGCUUGCCGGCCGGCCACUGUUGGAAGCUUUGCGACCUUCUGAACGAGUACACGGUGGCCGUGAGGAGGAUGACCUGCCAGGCGCUGGAGCUGAUGGCGGAGGGCCUGGGCAUGGACGACAGGGACGCCUUCACCAGGCUGGUCCUGCACAAGGAAAGCGACUCGAUGCUGCGGGUGAACCACUACCCGCCGCGCCCCGAGCUGAAGCUCCUGCAGCAGCAGCAGCAACACGGCGGCGGCGGCAGGGUCACCGGGUUCGGCGAGCACACCGACCCUCAGAUCAUCUCCGUGCUCCGCUCCAACGCCACCUCUGGCCUCGAGAUCGCGCUGCGCGACGGCGCCUGGGUCUCCGUGCCGCCGGACCAGACCUCCUUCUUCGUCAACGUCGGCGACGCCUUGCAGGUGCUGACUAACGGGAGGUUCCGGAGCGUGAGGCACCGGGUGAUGGUGAACAGCGUCCGGCCGCGGGUGUCGGUGAUCUUCUUCGGCGGCCCGUCGCCGCGGGAGACGCUGGCGCCGCUGCCGCAGCUCGUCGGGGAAGGCGGGCGCAGCCGGUACAGGGAGUUCACAUGGCGGGAGUACAAGGCCUCGGCGUACCGGACCAAGCUGGCGGCGAACAGGCUCUGCCACUUCGAGACCACCAGCUAG